UAGACGAAACCCUAAUCAAAGAGUUUCUUUUCAUCUUGAGUAGCUGCUAUCUAUCUUCGGCGCUGAAAUAACCCGCCGUUGAAGAUGAAGUUCAACAUCGCAAAUCCAACCACUGGCUGCCAGAAAAAGCUCGAAAUUGACGAUGACCAGAAACUCCGUGCGUUCUAUGAUAAGAGGAUCUCACAGGAGGUCAGUGGAGAUGCUCUUGGAGAGGAGUUCAAGGGAUAUGUGUUCAAGAUCAAGGGGGGUUGUGACAAGCAGGGUUUCCCAAUGAAGCAAGGAGUGUUGACUCCUGGCCGUGUCAGUCUGUUACUCCACCGAGGAACAUCAUGCUUCAGGGGAUAUGGUAGGCGCAACGGUGAGAGGAGAAGAAAGUCUGUUCGUGGAUGCAUUGUUAGCCAAGACCUUUCUGUUCUGAAUCUUGUUAUUGUGAAGAAAGGUGAUAAUGAUCUUCCCGGGCUGACAGAUAUUGAGAAACCCAGAAUGAGGGGACCAAAGAGGGCUUCGAAAAUUCGCAAGCUUUUCAACCUCUCAAAGGAAGAUGAUGUUCGUAAGUAUGUGAAUACUUAUCGAAGAACAUUCACAAAUAAGAAGGGUAAGAAAGUAAGCAAGGCUCCUAAGAUUCAGAGGUUGGUGACUCCAUUGACUUUGCAGAGAAAGAGAGCUAGAAUUGCUGACAAGAAGAAGAGAAUUGUUAAGGCUAAAUCUGAAGCAGCUGAUUAUCAGAAGCUUUUGGCUAGCAGGUUGAAGGAACAGAGAGAAAAGCGUAGCGAGAGUAUUGCUAAGAAGAGAUCUAGACUGUCGACUGCAUCUAAGCCUUCGGUUGUUCUUGCUUAGAUGAUCGAAAUUGCAGGUUUUUGGUUUUUAAGAUGGACAUGAUCUUGCUUUAUUUCUUGUGUUUUUUUUGUUUCAUGUGUUGUUUUCUUGGGUUGUUCUUAAACAAUUAAAACUUUUUUUGUGUUGACUUGUAUUUUGUUGAUUGAACCUGAUGAUUUAUGAACUUAUUAGCCAAAAACUUAUAAUA